GAGGCCGUAGCAGCAGCGCCCGUGUUUAAUUUUUUAAUUAGGGCGCUUUGAGCCUCUGCCGGCGGGGUCGCAUCGCCGGGCGGCGAGGGGGGCCCGGGCGAGCCGCCCCCGCCGCCCGGGACCACCGCCCGUCCCCCGGGGCCGGAGCCGGAGCCGUGCGAACCGUCGGGGCUCCAGCCCGGGCUGUCGACAGCUGGCGAAGCGGGCCCGGAGCCGCGGAAGGCUCCGCGCUCCGCCACCAUGGGCAGCGCGGGCGCGGAGGAGAAGGUCAGGUUUGCUGUCACUCAAACACAAGCUCAGGACUGAAGCUGUUUGAAGUACCUUCAGAAUGACUAGAUCCAUGAGCCAGCAGUUGGGCUGCAGACAUCCAAGGGGAGAACAGAUGGCAACUGAUUUAGUCCAUUUUGUUACACACUGUCUUUUAUGAAGUGAGUUUUCAGGCACCUGAGACGUAAUCAUGUCAAGAGGAUGAAUGCUCCCAGCUUGAGCAGACGUUAAAGAAGGUCAAACUUAAUAGAAAAAUUGGAAGUAUGCCCAAUGAAAAUCUGUACAGCAGGCAAAGAAGCAAUAGAGGUGAAAAUCCCACAGAGUCACCAGGAUGUGAUACCCAAUGAUGAGCAGUAAUUACUGCAGCAACACUUCAGCCAGCAUGAGUGUCAACGAAAUGUCUGCCUUCCCUCUGACUUUAGAGCAAAAAACUGGGUUUGCCUUUGUGGGGAUUUUGUGUGUUUUCUUGGGACUUCUAAUUAUCAGAUGCUUCAAAAUCUUGCUAGACCCCUACAGUAGUAUGCCUUCUUCUACGUGGGAAGAUGAAGUUGAGGGGUUGGAUAAAGGAACAUUUGAAUAUGCUCUUGCAUGAAAAUUCACAGAAUAUCCUGCCUUAAAUUUGAUGUUGAUUUCAUUUUGGAAACCAACUGUUGUUACAUUUGUUAUACAUACCUGCAUUUUGGAGAUAUGUUGGUGGCAUCCAUUUUGUUAAAUAAAUAUUUGUUGCAAACUCAAAA